ACGUCUGCCUUCGCGCAACGCAGUUUGCCCCCGGUCGUACGCCGCGGCCGAAGUGCUGCCGUGCAGCUCGCACUGACGUUCACACGCGGAACGGCCUCGUCCGCUUCGGUGUUGUGAGCGGCUCCUUCAGAAAAGACUUUUUUUGGAUUUAGCUUUUCCCUGGAGUGGACUGCAACUUAAUUCUUGAGGCUGAGCAUUGCUGUUAGUUAAAUGGCCAUCUGUAUGUAAAAGACUACAUCUUGGGGAUUAACUGGAGGUGUUUAGCUCCUUCAUCCACGGAAUUCCAGUGAAUGCAAUUCGGUGGAAUAUGAACAGGAGCAGAAGACUGCAGGAAAUUGCUGCUCGGACAUUUCUAGAAGUGGAAUGAUAGAACACUUAAAACUCUUGACUGGUCAAAAGAAUGGAUUUUACAGAGGCUUACUCUGACACAUGCUCCACGGUUGGACUUGCUGCCAGGGAAGGCAAUGUUAAAGUCUUAAGAAAACUGCUCAAAAAGGGACGUAGCGUUGAUGUUGCUGAUAACAGGGGAUGGAUGCCAAUUCAUGAAGCAGCUUAUCACAACUCUGUAGAAUGUUUACGGAUGUUAAUUCAUGCAGUAGAUUCAUCUGAAAAUUACAUUAAGACAAAGACUUUUGAGGGCUUCUGUGCAUUACAUCUUGCUGCAAGUCAAGGACAUUGGAAGAUUGUACAGAUUCUUUUAGAAGCUGGGGCAGAUCCUAAUGCAACUACUUUAGAGGAAACCACGCCACUGUUUUUAGCUGUUGAAAAUGGACAGAUAGAUGUGUUAAGGCUGUUGCUUCGACAUGGAGCAAAUGUUAAUGGAUCCCAUUCUAUGUGUGGAUGGAAUGCUUUGCACCAGGCUACUUUUCAGGAAAAUGCUGAGAUCAUAAAAUUGCUUCUUAAAAAAGGAGCAAACAAGGAAUGCCAAGAUGACUUUGGAAUCACACCUUUAUUUGUUGCUGCUCAGUAUGGCAAGCUAGAAAGCUUGAGCAUACUUAUUUCAUCGGGUGCAAAUGUUAAUUGUCAAGCAUUGGACAAAGCUACUCCCUUGUUCAUUGCUGCUCAAGAGGGCCACAUAGAAUGUGUCGAGCUUUUGGUGUCCAGUGGUGCAGAUCCUGAUCUUUACUGUAAUGAGGACAAUUGGCAGUUACCUAUUCAUGCAGCUGCACAAAUGGGCCAUACAAAAAUCUUGGACUUACUAAUACCCCUUACCAAUCGCGUUUGUGACACUGGGCCAGACAAAGUGAGUCCCGUUUAUUCAGCAGUGUUUGGAGGGCAUGAAGAGUGCCUAGAAAUGUUACUACAGCAUGGCUACAGUCCAGAUGCCCAGAUGUGUCUCAUCUUUGGAUUCAGUUCUCCCAUGUGUAUGGCUUUCCAAAAGGACUGCGAAUUUUUUGGGAUUGUGAAUAUUCUUUUGAAAUAUGGAGCCCAACUAAAUGAAUUUCAUUUGGCAUACUGCUUAAAGUAUGAGAAGUUUUCAGUGUUCCGCUACUUUUUGAAGAAAGGUUGCCCAUUGACACCAUGGAACCAUAUUUCUGAAUUUAUAAGUCAUGCAAUUAAAGCACAGAAAAAAUACAAGGAAUGGCUACCAUCUCUCCUGCUUGCUGGAUUUGACCCACUGAAUCUGCUAUGCCCUUCAUGGAUUGACUCAGUCAGUGAUGAUACCCUUAUCUUCACUUUGGAGUUUACCAAUUGGAGGAGGCUUCCUCCAACUAUUGAAAAGAUGCUCUCCGCUCGUGCCUCAAGCUCUUCUUGGGCUCUGCAGCAACAUAUUGCCUCUGUUCCGUCCCUUGCCCACCUUUGUCGUUUGGAAAUUCGGUCCAGUCUAAAACCAGAACACCUACGAUCUGACAGUUUUAUCUGUCAGUUGCCACUUCCUAGAAGCCUCCAUAAUUAUUUGCUCUAUGCAGAGGUUCUGAGGAUGAAUGAAGUUCCAGAAUUGGCAGUUAUUCAAGAUGGAGAAAUCAGUGAAGCUACUUAAUGCAGCUCAUGUUUUACUCUGAAAACCACCAAAACGAAGAGCCAUGCAAUACAAAUUCUUCAUGAUUUUAUAGUCAUAAAAGAUGAUUUUUGUUGCUUAGGUUUUGGGUGGGGGGGCAGUAGUUUAAUGCAAAUGUUUACAAUUGGGCUUUCUGAUAAAAAAAAUACUGUAAACUUCACUUAUGUUAUUCUGUUGCAGAUUCAUCACCAGUGCAUUUUUAUGUUGUAGAUUCAUUUACCUAACCAUUUUCUGCUUUAUUCUGUUAAUGAACUGCAAUGCUGCUUCUAGUGCUAACCAUGGCAUAUUUCCGCCUAUGAUUCAGUGUUUGCCUAGGGCUAGGAGCUUAGAAUGAAAUGUAUAAAACUUCCCUGGAAGUGUACACACAGUGGGGUUGAAUCUAUUACUGUUACUAUUAUUUUAUCUGAAGUUGACCAUCUUUUAUGUUUAUAAAAAGUAUUUUACAUUCCAUUCUCAUUUCUUAAUUCAGUCAGUUUUAUGAAGAAUUUCUACUCAGUGGCUUUUCACAGAUAAACUCAGGGGAGAACUUUUUUUUUUUUUUUUAAAGAAAAUAGAAAAUGAAUAAUUUUGCUGUUGUUGGUUUCUUCCCCCCCUCCCCCCCAAUUCCUUGGUACUCUCUUUGGCUAAAAGAAACUCCCAUUUCUGCAAAAACAAGAACAGACUUAAACUCAAAAAUAAGCUCAGUUGAAAAUAAUUAGGUCUGUAUUGAAAUAAAGGAGCAUUUUACCACAUUUAGAAUACUGAUCAGGACACAGGGACAUUUCUGUGGCAACCAUCUUUAAAGAAAGAAAGCUAUAUAUUUCUGUCACUUAGUAUCAAAUAAAACAUUCGAGCUCCAUUCAGCGUCCAAAUCUGAGCUUUGAUCAUAAGAAGCAGAUUGCCAGUUAUAUUAAUAUUAUAUAAUAUUAUAUUAAUAUUAUACUAUUCUUCCUUUUGAUUAUCUAGAUAGGUUAUCAAGUAGUCCUUGGUCCUAUGAAAUAAAGAAUAGACCUCAGAAUCCUAAGUUAAUGAAACACCACCUCAUUGGUUUUACAGUUGCUCAAUAUGAAUCUAUGGCCAGAGAGGACUAAACACUGGAUCAGCUGAGCUAUGGUAAGAUGUUGUUGGGGACCAGCCUUAAAGUUGAUGAAAGCGUUACUAUUAUGAUAGACAGUUAGGAAUUGGGUCCACAGGUGGGCAAGGCUUCUGUCCUAAUGGGAUCCUGUGGUUUGAAAUAGAUGGGAGUGUCAGCCAGGUCUAUCCCUACUAGGCCUUUGUUAUUUGAUAACAGCAGUGAUGAAGACAGACCAAAUGAUGGAAGCAUUGUUAAGGUCCAGAGACUGAACUUGGUCCAGAUUAGAGCUAUAGUUGCUGCCUGUGAGUGGAGAUAGAGUUUGAAUGUGGGUAUACAGCAGAAAUAAGUGUAAAUAUGGAACACCAGUUGGAAAUUCUGGUACUUAAUAAAGAAAUUCCAAGAAUAUAUAUACUAUGUAGUAAUUUCUAAGUGUUGUUUUAAUCUUUAUUUUUCCAAAUCCUAGGUCUCCAAUUUUUAACAUAAACUGGUUUAUCAUUAGGGCCAAAUACACAUAGAAUGUUUACAUUUGACGGUGAGUCUUCUCAUGUGUUUUUGUUCAUGUUCAAUGUAUAAUAAAAAUUAAACUAUCCAUAACAUCAUUGAGCUCUUGUUCUUAAGAAUCUGAAAAUGGGUAUUUCAGAGACAUUUAAAAGCCAUAUUUAAGACAUAAAUAACUUUAUUUGCUGUGUACCACAUAUAUUUCUUUUAGACUGCUUUAUAAUAAAAUAUUUAUUGGCAUUUAUGACUUACAGCAAGGAUUCAGUGAGAAAUCUGAAAGUAUCUAUGGGUAGUGAGUUACAGUUAAAACUUCUGAUCAAAAUGAUGCCUCUGGUUAUUGUGAACCAUAAACCCUACCUAUAUGCCUAAUGGUGCUUUAAUACUCUCCAUUUUUAUUUUUUAUUAUUAUUUUAAAAAUAUUUGUGCUGUUGUUUUUAAUACUCUCAUUUUAAAGUCACAGUGAGCUUCCUGAAGAACUUUGUGGUACUCAUUACUAGAGCAAGACACAGAUCAGUUUUAGUAACAGUUGUCAAGAUUUCACAUGCACACAUCCCUACCCAGAUCCUGUGUUAUCCUUUAUUUCCUGUUGGUCCUUCCUGUCAUAGGAUAUUUUUUUGUGAUCAUUUGAUGGAACAGUGGUAACCUGAACAUUGUUUAUUUCUAACUCUCCUUUUUUGCCAAGUAGCAAGUGUCUUGAUAUGUACCUUUCUUGAUGGCCCUAGUUCCCAGAGAUGAGUUACACUCCUCUUGUGUUCCAUGACCAUCCACCUAUGUCAGUGAUAAUCCUUAAUAGACAGCCAGAGUGUCAUAUUUAUAUCACAUGACCAGUGGGUACCUCUACUUUAAUAAAUCUGUUCUUUCCACCUACGUCUACCUGUAAACCUACGUGAAAAUUGUUAUGUUUUAUAGAUUUUCAAGUGUUAGGUAUAGCUUGAAAACAUUAAUAUUUUUGACUGAUUACUCCCUAAAAUUUAUAAUUUUCUUGCUCCUCAAAAAUGUAUCUUGAAUAAUAACUAGUACAAAUGUAAAUAUCCAUGUCUUCCCUGAAAUAGUAAACUUGGUAGUUCCAUGAGCAUGGGAUAUAGAAAGAAGUUGAGAAAAUCCAUCUAAAAGUUUGCCUUUCACUUUUAUACUCCUCUGUAUUCUUAGAGGUAUAUAUUCCCCUGAUUAUAUUCAUUAGUCAUAGAAAUAUUUGUUUGAGAAGGAGCUCUGCAAUUUUUAUUAGCAGGUGCCUUAGUGCUAUUGUGGAAAGAUUUUAAGUUGCUAGUGAAGUUGCUAGUGAUGUGGCCAUUUUCAGUUUUAUGAGCCAAUUGUUUUAUUUUUUAUUAUUAUUAUUUUAAAGUGUUUUGAGAGAGAGCACAAGCAGAGGGGAAGGGCAGGAGAAGAGGGAAAAGCAAGCUCCCCACUGAGCAGGGAGCCUGAUAUGGGACAUCAUUCCAGGACCGGGGGACCACAACCUGACCCCAAAGGCAGAUGCUUAAUCAACUAAGCCACCCAGGCUCCCUAUGAUCAAGUGUUUUAGGUCUAACAAUUUAGGAGAAUAACCAGUAAAACUGUACACUGCUGUCUUCCAAUUUCAGGAGUUCAUCCUUUGUAUAAAGCAAAUGUAGACUCUGCCCACUGGCUUCAUCCAAAUAUUCAACUUAGAGUUUCUCGAAGCUAAAGGAAUUUCUAGAGCUUUUCCUGUGAGCUGAGACAUAAUAAUAGUACCAUGUGUACUAUUAAUUCCCCUGAAUUUCUUUUCCUAGAGCACUUUCCUCCUCUCUUAUAUCAGGCAGCCAGUCACAUAUAACUGAGUAUCAAGACUAAUAUGUAGAAGAGAGCUUACUCAUGAUUCUAUGUGACCUAGGGUAGUUAGCUGAAAGAUAAUUAAGAGUGGGUAUACCUGCAUCACAAAAGGAGUAUGAUAUUUUAUUUAGAGCAAUUGUUGGAUCUCUGUGUCUACACUUAAACAUUCUCUCUAGGAGUAAUAAGUCUGGGCCCAUGUUUGAAGGUGUAGAGACUAUCAUGAUAGUUUUAUAAACACCUUUUUUCUUCUCUUUACCCUUUUCCAUUUUUUACAAAACAUUUAGUGAAAAUUCAUUCUGUGUAUUAAUUCUGUGUAACAUUUAGUGAAUAUUCUUCUGUGUAACUAUUAUGAUUUCCUGUUUUGCUUUCUCUUUGUUUUUCUCUGAGGCUAAAUUAAUCUAUCCUCAUUUGUAUUUGUUAUUAUUAAAUUACAGGUAGCCAUUGAAAUACAGUACUUCGUAGUAAGUAACCUUUUUUGUUGGAGUCGAUAAAAACCUGUGGUUUUAAUGAGAGGGAACUAAUGAUGCUUCAUAUUUUUGUGAAAUUUUGGUGGAAAAAUGUAAUUUUUAAGAUGUAUUUAUUUGAGAGAGAGUAUGAGCAUGGGGAGGGGCAGAGGGAGAGGGAGAGGGAGAGAGAAUCUCCAGCAGACUCCUCAUUGAACGCAGAGCCUGACGUGGGAUGUGGGGCUUGAUUUCACAACCCUGAGAUCAUGACCUAAGCUGAAACCAAGAGUUGGAUGCAUAACCAAACUGAGCCACCCAGGUGUCCUGAAAAAUAAAGUUUUUAUUUGCGACCACAUGUCAGUAAUUUAUACUGAGAGGCCAGUCUGAAUUAUAUUUUUUAUGGAAACAUAUACUUGGAAACAUACUUGGGGUGUCGAUUUUAAGUCUAUUUUCUGCAGUUGUUUUAGUGAUAAGACAUUUAAAUUUUUUUAAAUUUUUUUAGACAUUUAAAUUUUAAAUAAAAGGACAUCUGUUACCCUCUCCCCAAGCUAGUAAAGAUCUUAAAAAAAAAUUCUUACGCAGUAAUAACAAUAGUAGCACAUUUAGUUGUUUCACUUUAAAAGAAAAAGAUAUUUUAAAACUAGAAAGAAGAGGGAAGAAGGGAGAUAGAGCCAUAGUCUUAUCAUCUGGACCCAAUAUUAACGUUAACCUAUAUAUUAGAAUAUUUUCUUUCUCUCAGGCUUUUAAAAAAUCUGUACACAUGGUUGAGGAUGUUUUUUUCUUCCCAUAGAUAAAAUCAAGCCACUGUUACAGUUUUGUACCUGAUCAAGCCUUUUGUUUGUCAUGUUAAUGAUACCUGUGGCCAAGCUCAAGCCAUGAGUUAUCACAAAUUAUGAAUUGGUAAGAGUGAGAAAUAAUGAGAAAUUUCUGGGUUGAUUAUUUUCCUAGCACAUCUGCAUAAAGCAAAUAAUCCCUCUCAGCUACUUGGAGAGGAGAGUGGAAGAGAGACCAUUGUAAACCUGCAUUAGUCAUCUGGUUUCAAUCCAGAUAGUGUGUAGUUGCUUAUCUUUUUCAUGAACUCUACUAUAACUAUGUAUGCUAUCUAUUUUUAAUGAAGAAAUUUAAAAUACGAUUGUUGCAGUAAAGACUUGUGUCUGUAUGGUU